AUGCCGAAAUUAUCUACGCCCGUCCUGACGGUGGAUGCGGCCAAAAUCCAACAGGUCGACACGGCCAAUACCCAAAGUCUUCACGGCAUGUGGCUUGUCUUCUCGAAAUGUGCGGAUUAUAUGGAAGAAGGCAGACGGUUAGAAAACCUUACCUGGCGUCUAUGGACGCGUGAAACCUUUUGUGUCGCUCCCGUGAGCGAAUCCGACACCUCUGCGAUCCCUCUACUACGCGCCGAGUCUUCAGAAAUGCCUCCCUUGUCGGCAAGUGUCGAGUCUGUUGCGUCUGUCGACGAAGACAGCAUCGAAUCCCACAUCAAGCCCGGCCCAAUCGAGGUAAAGCCAACCGUGGUCGGCGAUGAUGCUUUGAUGCUCGCCAAGGAAAAACACAUUACCUCUUCAGAUCUCGAGCGAAUGGUUCUAAAUAUCAAAGAGCGAAAGGCUUUGGAACCAUUCCCACCCAGUGCCGUUGUCGAUGUAACUCCUCGUGCAGCCUCGCCUCCUGCCGCUACUCCUCAAGAACCUGAGAGAACUACCGAAGAGCCCAUACAACGUUCUCCCACACUCCAGUCCGCCGAGUCAUGUUCCACUGCUACUGCUCCUGAGAACAAUGAUAGCGACUGUGUAACUACCGAAGGUUCCGACACCAGUGCCUCCUCAUCGGGUGUUCUCCCCGCCAAGCCUAUUCUUACCAAGACGCCCAGUAUCGUCCGUGGCUUUUCUCCUUCUCAGAUUUCGUCGUCUUACCGAUCGAGCACGCGACUUGCCAGCGAACAAAACGCCUCAGCUAAAAUGCAGUUCCAGCAAAAGCUCCCGCCUAGCAAGCGUAAAGGUGGAAUGUUCACCCUAGGAGGAUCUUCUGGCGACGACGAGAGCUCGUUUGAGGAGCGUAUGGGACCUAAUCAUACGAUCAACCCUCACCGCAGCUCUCUUUCUGAAGAACUUAGUCGCCAUCCUACAUCCGAUGCAAUGAUGAAUGGAGCGAAGACCGUUAGCCCCGAGAAGAAGACUUCGUUCCGCCAUGACGUCGAGUCUACGAUUAAGCCUAUUGAAGAGCGCGUUUACGAAGACGAAGACGCGAUCGAAACCGAUGAUUCUGACGCGGAGCCUUCCGAAAGCGCGAUCGAAGAUGAAGACGAAGAAGAUUGGGAAGAUUCGGUGACUGAAAGUGGGCAGUCAAGUGUUGACGACAAGGAAUUAUUCCAACGUGUUGAUUCGCGACCAAAUUUGGUAUCACGGCCGUCUCUUUUGACUAUGAUGAUGCAUCAGCCAGCGAAGAUGGGUAUGCCGACACGGUCGACACCGGCAUUGCAGCGCUCACGAGUCACACCCCCUAACGGACCUUCGACGGGCGCAUCCCCAGAUGACGACGAGAAUUUGACUAUGAAGGGUCGCGAUGUGCCACGGUCGAAGCCGAUUAUCGUUAAGUCUACUGCGCAGGGAUCAGGGGCGCAUUCACCACGAACUACGCGACGAAACAUGUUGGCGACCGAGUUGACCGAAUCUCUUCGCCGACAUCUACUGUGGGAGCGACAGCAAAAGAACACGACGGCAACGGCAGUAUUCAAGCGUCGUCACACUACGCAUGACAUGGCCAACCUCAAGGAAUACCCGGGACCGAAGGGCGCAGCAGUUCCAGGAGGUCAGCGAGGUACAACCGACGGCAGUGCCAAAGAUACAUCAAAGAACAGCUCAUGGAAUAACCACAACGACUAUGGUCCAUGGGAAUACCACGUCAAGGGAUGGUAA